UAUAGACCAAUAGUAGACUCUUUUACAUAUUCUGUACAGCCAAUCAAAUAGCAGUAUGUUAGCGUCAGUUUCACCCGCCAUUCUCUUCGAUCGUCGUCGCCAUCUUGAGCAUAUGAUCUUUGUUGUUUAACGACUCUAACAAUUUAGUUAAAAGUGUGUUUAAUUUACUUUAAAGUUUAUAAAACAACUUGAAAAAGUAAAAUAUGGCUCGUACUAAGCAGACUGCUCGUAAGUCUACUGGAGGUAAAGCUCCUCGUAAACAAUUGGCUACCAAGGCAGCCCGAAAAUCGGCACCCAGCACUGGAGGUGUGAAGAAACCCCAUCGUUACCGCCCUGGAACUGUAGCUCUCCGAGAAAUCCGUCGUUAUCAAAAAUCGACUGAGUUAUUGAUCCGCAAGCUGCCUUUCCAACGUCUCGUGAGAGAAAUUGCCCAGGACUUCAAGACUGAUCUUCGGUUCCAGUCUGCUGCGAUUGGUGCUUUACAAGAAGCAAGCGAAGCUUACCUAGUGGGCUUGUUCGAAGACACCAACUUGUGUGCUAUUCACGCCAAACGUGUAACCAUCAUGCCUAAAGACAUCCAGCUCGCCCGACGAAUCCGCGGGGAACGUGCUUAAUUUAGUUUACUUUAUCAUAAAUUAUUUUUAAUUAAAAUAGUUAUAAUUUCGUAACAUUUUGUCUCUUAUUAAUUGAUCGUAAUUAACUUUAACAUUGUAAUCAUUAUCAUAAGGAGGCAGCAGAACUGAAUUCUCUUAAUUACAUUCUUAUUGUGUAAGAAGCGCUAUGUAUUUGUGUGGAAUACUGUAUGAAAAAUGUUAUUAUUUACAUUUAGCAGAAAUUCGUCAUCAUCUUACUACAGUAUCCCAUGUUAAACAUAGGUUUAUAAUAUUUUAGUGGUUCAAGUGUAUUCCAAGGUAGUGUAAUAGAUAAUGUUGCCAAUUGCACAGCAUUGUGUAAAUUGUAUUUGGACUUAUUGCAUUCUAUGAUAAUGUGUAAUGAAGAAAUUGGUGUUAAAUAAAGAAAUUUAGAAUUACAA